AUGAUGUGCAAACUUAGUCUCUUAGCAAUAUUCCCACUUUUCUUGAUCUUUCUCUUCAACUUAUCAUUAGCAACAAAUACCAUUUACAAUGUCCAAAAUUAUGGAGCAAAAUCCAAUGGCAAAACAGACUCAUCAAAUGCUUUUUUGAGUGCAUGGAGUGCAGCCUGUGCUUCUACUAGUGCGGCCACUAUAUACGUGCCACGUGGAAGUUACUUGAUUCGCAACGCAUACUUCAGGGGCGAAACAUGCAAGAGCAACGUUAUUACUAUACGCAUUGAUGGCACUCUCUUAGCUCCUUCUGAUUAUAAUGUGAUUGGCAAGUCUGGAAAUUGGAUAAAGUUCGAAAAAGUCACCGGAGUUUCUAUCUAUGGUGGAACUUUUGAUGGACAAGGUGCUGGUCUUUGGGCUUGCAAGACCUCUGGCAAGAAAUGUCCUAAGGGAACUACGGCACUGGCCUUUUACAACUCGGAUAAAAUCAUAAUCAACGGAAUAACUGCACAAAAUAGUCAAAUGUUCCAUAUUUUGGUUGAUGGCUGCCAUAAUGUGAAGCUACAAGGAGUGAGAGUCUCAGCUCCAGGAAAUAGCCCCAACACCGAUGGAAUUCAUGUACAAUCAUCAUCAGGAGUCAGCAUUAUGAACUCACGUAUUGGUACUGGAGAUGAUUGCAUCUCAAUUGGCCCUGGAAAUUCUAACUUAUGGAUCGAAAGCAUUGCUUGUGGCCCUGGCCAUGGAAUCAGCAUUGGAAGUUUAGGCUGGAAGUUACAAGAGGCAGGAGUUCAAAAUGUGACAGUUAAGACCGUUACUUUCACCGGAACAGAUAAUGGUGUGAGAGUGAAAACUUGGGCAAGGCCUAGCAGUGGCUUUGUUAGAGGUGUCCUCUUUCAGCAUAUUGUUAUGGCUAAUGUUCAAAACCCAAUCCUCAUAGACCAAAAUUACUGCCCUAAUCACGAAAGUUGUCCUCAUCAGGGCUCGGGCGUGAAGAUAAGUGAUGUAACAUAUCAAGACAUACAUGGAACAUCGGCUACAGAAGUUGCAGUGAAACUAGACUGUAGCAAAACGAAUCCAUGUACUGGAAUAACACUUGAAGAUGUGAAACUUAGUUACAAAGAUGGUUCAGCUAAAGCUUCAUGUGUUAAUGCUGGAGGAAGAGCUUCUGGUUUUGAAGAACUUACUGGCUGCUUAUAAAUAAGAAGAAAAUAUAUAAAAAUGUAUUUGUAAUUAAACAUACAGAAUGAAGCAAUAAACUCUAUACGAAUAUUGAAUUUGCAUUAUAUGUACCUAGAAAAAAAUAAGAUGAAUAGUGAUGUAAUUUUAUUGGGUCUUUUACUUGUUCGGAGGCUGGCCUAGCAAGCUCCAACUUUUAAACACAUGUAUUUUGGAUUCUAUUGUAAUGUUAUAAUGAUUGUUCAAUUGAUCCUCAUGAUGUAACAUUAUUCAA